AUUACAUAUGUCAUUUUUUGAUUAGAAUUUUAUCUGUAAAUUCUAUUCGUGAAUGAAUGCAUAUAAUUAACUCAGAUGGUUAUACAGUACUACCAACAUAUGUGUAAACGUAAUACUAAUUAUUAGUUCUUUAAAAAUAUAUUCUAUAAUAUGUAUAUUAUUAAGUAUGAUAAAUAAAUGAUUUUGAUUAAUUUGAAGCGACUAAAUAGAGUGUACUGAAAUUAUUAGACAAAUUGAAUUAAAUAUGUCCGAAAAGAAACCCAAAAUAAUUGUUUUUGACUUAGAUUAUACGUUAUGGCCUUUCUGGGUUGAUACACAUGUAACACUUCCAUUCGUAAAACGGAAAAAAAAUGAAAUAGUGGAUGCACAUGGUCAGAUAAUACGUUAUUAUAAAGAUGUACCUGAUAUAUUAAAUAAAUUGUUGGAGGAAGGAUAUGAGCUUGGUAUAGCAUCGCGUACUUCAGAAAUUAAAGGUGCUAAACAAUUGUUGAACUUAUUCGAUUGGGAGAAAUAUUUUAAAUACAAGGAAAUAUAUCCUGGUGUGAAAACAGCACACUUUUCACAGAUAAAGAAAUUAUCUAACGUCGAGUACAAAGAUAUGAUAUUUUUUGACGAUGAACAACGAAACAUAAAUGAUUUAAAUAAAAUAGGAGUGCUGUCUAUAUUGGUUGAAAAUGGCGUGACGCAUGAAGUUAUAAGUAAUGGUUUGAAAAGAUUUGCUAAAUCUUAAUAAUUGCAUAUUUUGAAGAAAUUGAUCUAUUUGAUCUUUCGUUAAUGAGUUAUUCAAAAGAUCAAUAAACUUAUCUGAAUUAAAAUGUUUAAAUGGACAACCUCCUUCGUAUACGGCUCCUGGGGCUUGAGCCUAAAAUUGAUAUAAAUAGAGCUAUAUAUAUUGCUAAAUAUUAUUUUUAAAAUGAUUAUUCUGAAGAUAUAGUUUAUAAUAAAAGAUCAAUUAAAUACAUACACAUAUAACU